GUUUUUCUUUUAUUCUUCAAUCUGUUUCGUUCUCACUCUUUAAUUGAUUGUCUUUAUAAAUACCUUGUCGAUCCUCCCUCGUUCGUUGUUGUGCCAUUGACUCCUUCACCGCCGAUCCCAAAGGACAGCUUCCAGCUUUAGCUUCCCCUCACGAUGACUACCCGCUAUCGCGUUGAAUAUGCUCUCAAGUCUCACCGUCGAGACCAAUUGAUUGAAUGGAUUAAAGGCCUCCUGGCCGUCCCCUUUGUGCUGCACUCGCAGCCCACCGCCGUCUACCAGGAACACAGUGAGAACCUGAUCGCCGUAGCGGCCGACACGCACCAGCGCUAUGCGGAGAUCUUCCGCGACGUGGAGAUGCUCAUCCGCGACCACAGUAGCCCUCCCUCAGCCUCUCCCAUUGUUUCUAUAUAUACAGACACACACGAACUGACAAACACAGUAACCCACCAACAAGAUGACGCCCCCGGUAAAUCCAAACUCAAACUCCUAGUCCCCACUGUAGGCACCUUCUUCACCCCCUUAUACCUCGUCGACGCCUUCCGCCGGCAAGACGCCCAACGCUUCAUCAGCCGGCGACGCUUCGUGGCCCCCUCUUUCAACGACAUCCGGCUCAUUCUCAACUCGGCCCAACUCAUCGGUCUGGCCCGCACCACCGGCGUCGACCUCGUCACCUUCGAUGGAGAUGUCACUCUGUACGACGACGGCGCAUGUCUCACGGACGACAACCCCGUGAUUCUACGCAUCAUGCGCCUCCUCCUGCAGGGACGGAAAGUCGGCAUCGUCACGGCAGCUGGCUACACCGACGCCGCGAAGUACUACGAGCGACUCAAGGGACUGCUCGAUGCGAUGUACGAGUCCGCAGAGAUGACGGAUGCUCAGCGCGCCGGGCUGGUCGUCAUGGGCGGAGAGAGUAAUUUCCUCUUCCGGUAUGAUCAUGCCUCGCCGUCGAGGUUGAGCUACGUCCCUCGUGAGGAGUGGUUAUUGGAGGAGAUGAAGACGUGGCAGGAGGGGGAUAUUACGCGGCUGUUGGAUAUCGCCGAGUCAUCGUUGCGCGCGUGUGCGAGUAAUUUGAAUCUGCCGGUCGCGGUGCUGCGCAAGGAUCGCGCGGUCGGAGUGUAUCCCACGGAGAGAGGGAGGAUUAGUCGCGAGCAGCUGGAGGAGACGGUGUUGGUGGUGCAGAAUACGGUCGAGCGGUCGGAGGUGGGAGCCAGACUGCCGUUUUGUGCUUUUAACGGUGGCAAUGAUGUCUUCGUGGACAUCGGCGACAAGUCGUGGGGUGUGCGCGCGUGUCAGCGCUACUUUGGAGGGAUUGAACCGGCGCGGACGCUGCAUGUCGGCGAUCAGUUUUUGUCGGCGGGAGCGAAUGAUUUCAAGGCGCGACUGGCAUCGACGACAGCGUGGAUCGCAAGUCCAGCCGAGACAGUGCAGCUACUGGACGAGCUGCAGGGGAUAUAACCAGGUUAAUAAGUAACUAAUUACUUGUGAUGAGGGAUUCAUUCAUGUGAAAGUAAGAAAAUAGUUAACUCCGUCUGCAGCACAUCGAUAGUAGUGCAGAUCGGCACUGCGCUUAUCAAGCAGCGGGAAUGUCUGACAAACUCACUGAGCAAAGUAUAAGACUGUCAAGAAUCCACUAGCGAUAGCACUAGUCUAUUUAAUCUACACCUAC